UAUGGCGGCUCCCUUGAAUGCCUGUCGCAUGUCUCAGGCGGGGGGGCUCGGAGGUCUUGCCCUGGCCGCGUUUUUUGGGGGGCUGCUUCACUACUUUGGAGGCGUUCAUGGCAGCGCAGGAGCCUGGAAUUCUUUGAACGAUGACCUCUUGCUGCCCUAUCUCCCUCCCCAGCAUGGCCCACAGCAUCCUCACCGCUACAUCCGAGACUGCCAGGCUCUCCUGCGGGGCAAUGCGACGCAUGAAACCUGGCCCAGUGACAACAGCAGUGCCUCCCCUCUGGCUCUUACACAUACAUUUGUUUCGGACUUCCCACUGCACCAUCCAAAUGGCCGCCUGGUGUAUGGACACUUGACGAUUGUGCGAGACCCCCUGAGGACUUUUUCUGUGCUAGAGCCCGGGGGACCGGGGGGGUGCCACCUCCACCGCAGAGCUACUGUGGAAGAGACGGUGAGCCGAAGUCAGUGCCUUGUGGCCCAGAAUGGGGGCUUUUUCAAUACAAAGACUGGAGCAUGUUUAGGGAACAUUGUCAGCGAUGGGCAGCUGGUACAAUCUGGUGGAGUGCAGAAUGCUCAGUUUGGUAUCCGGAAAGAUGGCACUUUAGUCUUUGGCUACCUGUCUGAGGAGGAGGUCUUGGCUACGGAGAACCCAUUUGUGCAGCUAGUCAGCGGAGUGGGCUGGAUUCUGCGAGACGGAGAAGUAUACCUGAAUCAGAGCCAGGUGGCAGAAUGCGACAAGACUCAGGAAUCAGGGACUUUUGACACUUUUGUCAAUAUGGUGUCUGCCAGGACGGCUGUGGGGCAUGACCGACAAGGACAGCUCGUGUUGUUUCACGCUGAUGGGCAGUCGAGCGUCAGAGGUCUGAAUCUCUGGGAAGUGGCGGAUUUCCUAAAGGAGCGUGGCGUUGUCAAUGCAAUCAACCUGGACGGUGGGGGGUCGGCUACUUUCGUUGUCAACGGAUCCCUUGCUAACUACCCCUCGGAUCACUGCGUGUUUGACUCGACCUGGCGCUGCCCUCGGAGCAUUUCAACAGUCUUGUGCGUGCAUGAGCCUGCCUGCCAACCUCAAAACUGCAGCGGGCAUGGGCACUGCGUGCUUGGACAAUGCCACUGCCACGGGGCCUUCUGGAGCGGGCCAGCCUGCGAUGUGCUGGAUUGUGGGCCUUCCAACUGCACUCUUCACGGAAUGUGCACGGAGAUGGGAUGUAUCUGUGAUGCCGGUUGGACCGGUGAAAACUGCACCCAAGCUUGCACCAACGGUACCUAUGGGGACAGCUGUGCUCAGAAAUGCCUCUGCCGCAACAACGGCAAGUGUGACCCUGUGCAUGGAUCCUGCACUUGCCCAGUGGGCUUCCAAGGAAUCUUCUGUGAAGAAGCCUGUCCUCUCGGACAGUACGGACCUAACUGUCAGCAUCCCUGCCAGUGCCCAAACCAGUGUUACUGUGAUCGGAGGACUGGCAGAUGCAAUAUUUCGCUAGAUUCAACCACCCUGGAUAAAUUAUCUAGAGCUGGGCCGUGCCUGCUACAAGCUACCUCCAAGGAAGAGUUCUUUUUCUCCAAGAAAGUCUGGGUCGCGAUAAGCCUGAGUUUGCUUGCCCUGCUUUUGCUCAGCGUGUUGGUGAACGUCAGACUGGCUCUCCGCAAUGCCAACACGCGUCACAAACACGGGGAGUACGUCUCUGUCCCCCUGGAAGAGAUCAAGGGUGGGACCAAAGACAGGGAUCUGCUAGCAGCUUGGGAGGCCGACAAUCCCGAGGCCGCCUGGGACACAAAUCUGACAGAAAGCAUUAACCUGCUUGAUCAAGCGUUCCUCUUCCAUGAAACAGAAACCUCAGGAGUUCCUACCAUUCUUCAAUAAUGUAGACAUUUUUGCUCCAUCGCUUGGGAGUCGGUUGCCAUUUUUCCUUAUUGCCUUAACUGGAACCAUGGCCUAGGAGCGGAGGUGGUAUUCAGCCAGUUCUGGCAAGGAUGGUACGAGGUCUCCUGUGUUGGACUAGAAGACCUCUGAUGUCCCUUCCAAACCCAUGGUUCUAUGUUUGUCUUACAUAGAGGACCCUUUGGGUUUCUGAAGGAUAGGGUAUGGUUCGUGACUGUGUAAUUUAUAUGCUUGCUAAAGGACGAUUAGUUGCCUUUUUCUUCCUCUUCUCUUGGAUUUAACAAUUUAACAAACCAAAAACUGCUUUUCAAGAUGAUUUAGCAUAGCCUUCAACGGAAGCUCCUAUCGAUCCAGGUUUUAUCAGUUGAAAUAAAGAACCGUAUUUCUUUAACCCAGUGUUUCUCAACUUUUAAGCGUCGUGGACUUCAACUUUAAACUGUUCAUGACUUCAGUGGCAUAGUGGCUAGAGAAUUCUGUGAAUUGAAGUCCACACAUCUUAAAAACCGUGCCAUAGUUGAGAAACACUGCUUUAACGCAUAGUUCUGAACAGGUAGCCAAACAUGGGGCAUCAAAAUGAUCUGGGCUUGUAUAUGUUUGAUAUUUGUAGAUCUGUUUUUAUUCAGGGGAACUGCAGAAAAUAUUUUGGAAUUUAUCUGCCAAGCUUUUUAAAAAUUGCAUUUUUUUCCCUUUUCCAAAAUGACUUACUUGAUGUCAAAAUACUUGAUUAUAUGUUUUACUCUCUUGGUGAUUCAGAAACAUACUUUUUGCCUUUUUGUAUUAUUUUUCAAUGUAC